AGUCUUAUUUUAGUGCUUAUGUGAGGUGGUAAUUGUUGUGGCGGCGGUUGUAUGAUUUCAUGAAUGGGCCCUGGAUUAUUGUUCUUUAUUUUAACUUUAUAAAUUUACUUGUAACCUUUAUUCAUAGUAUUUUUUUUUUCUUUGUUAAACAUCUAUAUUCAAUAAUAAUGUGAGAUUGGCUAUAUUAUAUUGAAUAAUGAAUCCUGCUUUUCGUUUAACAUCUCAAAUCUCUUCAUCAUGCCAAAAACGUUUAUAUUCUAGCUCAGCUAACACAACAACUAAGCCUAGUAUUGCUCGUAGUGGAUUUAUUGGAUUUUUACUAGGUGUUACUACAGCCAGUGCAGCAGGUUAUUAUUACCUUUUAGGUGAAUAUAAUAGUGCAUCUGCUUCUCUUUUAAUAUCAGUUCAAGAGCUCCAAGCAUCAACUGAAAAGGUGAAGGAUUAUGCACGUAGAAUCGAAACAAUUGACAGAGACGUUACUAAAUUAAAAGAAAUGGCUGCAACAAAGCAACAACUAUCCGAUUUGAAAGUUGAUUUUCGUAAAUUAUAUGACACGCUUAAUAUCGAACAUCUCGAAUUGAAAACACAUGUUUGGGGUUUAGAGAAAGAUUUUAGUAAUAAUCAACAACAACAAAUGAAUUCUACAGUUAUACCAAAUUCAACCAAUUAAAUUCAAUGUUUUCUCUUUAAGACUUAUUACAGACAGAAAAGUAAUGUAGGCUUGUAAUAUUAUCAAACGUCUUAAUAAAACCAAAAAAAA